UCUCAAACUCUGUCAAUCAAAAGUUACAGAACGGGACAGAUUCGCUGUUGGUGAAGCUGAGGUCUUUUCCCGGUUAACGGUACAGGGUAAAGUGUGUUUUUGGGAUGCGCUUCAACGCUUCAUCUGGCGCGUGCUCGAGCGAUGUCUUGAUUGAACUGACGGAAUCGCUGCGCGUGCGGUCGGCUCCGGUAACGGGUGCCGCGGUGUCGGGUGUUGGUGUUGCGGUGGUCGCCGCUGCGCUCAUCUACAUGUGUUACCGGAAGAGGGUGAUCAUCACGGCUCCGUUACAGGGAGCGCGGAGGCGUCUGGAGGUGUGUGAGCACAACAGUGAACGUGAAAGCGAGAGCCGGAGAUCACAACACAAGACUGAACCUGAUAAAGUUGAUGACCCUCAGCUGACAGUAAACAGUGAUGUCGCUGCGUUUGCGUUGAAGGCUCGAGUCGUGUAUCCCAUCAGUCAGCGAUUCAGACCGUUAGCAGACGGAGCAUCUAACCCCUCACUGCAUGAGAAGUGCCGGAAUCAGGACUCCUCCUCAUCAUCAGCUGAUGAUUGGCUGAGCCGAGAGAGAGAGGACGAUGAAAGCAGUCAGUUUAUGUCAUGCACUCUCAAUAACACCCAAACCAGCCGUCCGUUCAGAAGAGUCCAGCAUUACCCACAAACCCUGGCUCACUCACGGAGCAGUUUGCUGUGUUUGACUCUACAAGAACUUCAUCUCUACACUUCACAACUACAGCAGGAGAAAUAUAAGGUUUUCCUGGAGAUUUUGCCCGUUUUGCUGGGUGACAGAGAGCACGCUGACAUCAUCCACACGCAGCAGCAGCAGUUUAGCUUUACCCAGCAUGCCUUUGUACAGGAAGGGGAGGUGCUGAAGAGAGAGAUGAUGAGGGAGGACGAGCGGCAGGAGUCUGACACACUCUUGUGUUCUAUAGAGGAGAUGGAGAAAACGGGAAGACAGAAACUCACUCGCUCGCUGCAAACGGCUCUGAGAUUUGGAAAGCAGUUGGAACGUCUCCGUCAGAGCCUUCACAGCAGGUUUAGCAGGGAUGACGCACAGGAAGUGACGCGUGCAUUACUGAGGGGUCUGCGGUUGGUGGAGACGGUUCUUGCUGAGAUCCAGUCGUCUGUUCUGAAGACGCUGAUGGACAGGCUCGAGUGGUGGGAGGAAGUGGCCGAUUGGCUGAGAGAGAAAAGCGCCCUCCUGAAAAAGGAGGCGGAGCUUGUGGUGAAGCUCACGGGCCAAUCGGUGGAGCGGCUGAGACCUGAUGGACAGCGGGAGGAACUGCUGAGUGAAUUUCAGAGGAGAGUUAAUGAGGAACUCCAGCAGUGGAUGGAUGAGAUGGGCCGUCAGACUGAUGAACUCACACACAAACACUGUGAGAAGGUGUGUGUGAGGAGGAAGAGGAUGAUGAAGACUCGGAGUUCAGACACACACACAGAUAUUCAGCAGAGGUUGUUGGAUGCGCAGGUGACACACUGGAAUCAGUGGAGAGACUUUGAGCUUCAGCAGGAUGCAAGAAUCACUGACGCUUUGUGUGAACGCUGGAGGAGUUUGUGCGACAAGUGUAGCAGACGCUUGACUGAUCUGAGCACAGAGUGUGUGGAGAGCAACAUUCCUGCAUCGACGGACAUCUGCCAAUCAGUGCUGAAGACCAUGAAACUCACAGUGACCAAUCAGAUACGGCAAGAGGAGAGACACGCCCACACGCACCUGCAGAUGCUGCGAGAGCAGCUGCAGAGAUGCAGACAGGUGUGGAUUGAAGAAGAGGCUUUGACUCUGUGCUGUCUGAAUCACUUUGGAGAACAGCAGCGCAAGAUCGUCAUGGAGAUGGUUUCCAGGCAUUCAGACAUCAGUUGUGAUCUAAUCGAGGAGCAGCAGCGUCUUUUGGUUCUGGAGUUUCAGAGGAUUUUAGCAGCGAGAUAUUUUUGCCUGCGAACCGUGAGAGAGAUGCACUCUGAUGCGCAGGACCCCUGUGUUGCUGUGGAAACUCUUCCCUGUGAGGCGGCUCAAAACCUUCAUCACGAGCAGCUGUCAGAGCUGGAGGCCGCGGCUGACAUGCUACAAGAACACGCCCACGUUCUGUUUGGCCACGCCCUCGCCCGCACCACGAGGCUGCAGAUGAGCUGUCUGUCUGCUGGAGGUACUGUGAGGACAGACAGAUGCGUGAAGGAAGGGUUGAUUGACGCGGUGUGUGAAAGUGUGUUUGUGACACGGGAUUCUGUUCUCUCUCUCAUCCGUGAAUAUUACACACAUAUCCAGCACAUCGCCAUGACGACGCUGCAGCAGCUGCGACCACACACCAGUGCAACCGAAAGAAGGAGCGGCACUCGAGCUCUACACACACAACUCAACAACUGUGCCAGAAAACUCAACUCUACUGAAUCACUUCACAGGAUUGUUGAGAUAAAGACAAAGUGUCUGAGCGAGUUUGAAAACAAGCAUCACAAUCCAGUGCGAACACGCGGCUACAGACAAGAACUUGCGGAUGAAGAGAAGACCUUUAUGUGUCGUCUGGCAGCUCUGGCACGUGUUUCUCUCGACAGCAUAAGCACAGAAUAUCUCACAGGGGCAGAUGUCAGAGAAAGAAACCUUCAGACAGUCAUGUGAUGUAUGCAGGUUAUGACAUCUCAUAUAUGUUUAUUCACCCGUUCACGUCAUUCUUCAUUCCUUUUGAAUGCAUACAUGUGAUUAAACACGUUCAUCUCUGUUGGCUCUGUGAUUCUGUAUGUUUGUUUCUCAGAUCAGGGCAAAGCUUCACAUGGAUUUACAGCGACUCUAUGCAUGACACACUGUGUGUGAUAUUGUAAAUAUUGUAAUGUCUGUUGUAUAUUAUGGGCUCUGUAUAUCUUGUAAUGUCUUUGUACAUGAAAUAUAUAUUAUGAAAAGUAAAAUUUCUGCUGACAUGAACGAGUGUCCCUGUGCUAAGCUUAAGUACAUUUAGUUUACAUGCGACACUUUAGAAUAACGUGUUUGAUCAUAACAGUCUGCAGGUUAAAAAAUGUAUUUGAUUUGUCUUAUAAUGCAUGAUUGUUGGUGGAGUUGUCUUGUCUUGAUGUUCUGUAGUUUUAUCUGCGACUUUGUUGUGGUUUCUUUUAUUUCGUUAAGGGUUUUACUUUGUACAGCACAUUGGUCAACGGUAGUUGUGUUUAAUCGUGCUUUAUAAAUAAAUUGAAAUUGAAAAUCA